UUCUCUCUCUCUCUCUCUCUCUCUCUCUCUCUCUCUCUUUCACACACACUCACACACACACACAUCCACCACUCUGAACUGCACUCUCGCUGCAGCAGCGCCUCUUCUCGGCACCUGAGGUGGAUUUUUCUUUUUCUUUUUUUUUUCUCCUCUCAUCUCAUCUCCAUUUCUCCACACACAUCUCUCUAUCUUUUUUUAAUCCUUCAGUCAUGAUUGAGCUGAGAGGUUCUCGCAGGCUCGCUGGUUCGCUCUCGUUUUCUGAGGGCUAGCUAAUCUUUUAGCCUCGGUUUCGCUUAGCCUCGAUCGUGUAGCUGGCUGGCUUCGUCCAUCCAUCCGCCCAUCAGUCCGUCAGUCCGUCCGUCUUUCUCCCAGUUUCUACCAGCUCCAUCCAUCCGUCCAUCCAGCCUCCUCCUCCUCCACCCCUGUGCUGGAGAUGGGACUCCUCUCCGGCCUCCUCUCUUUAAUGGACUCUGGCUUCCUCGCGCUUCCUCUCCGCCGUGUGAGCUCCGUGAGCCGGUAGCUAAUCAUGCCUCUGAAAUGGAAGAGCGGCUCUCCGGUCAGCUGGAAAUUCCCCGUGCCUGUGCUUAAAACCUCCAGGUCGUCUCCGCUGUCCCCGGCGUACAUCCACCAGCACUCCUUUGUGGUGUGGACCACCCACUCUCUGCUUGCUGCAUCUCCAACCUAUCACCUGACAGGAUCUCUGGUGGAGGAUGAUGACGCUCAUAUGAAGGUGUCUCUCGGCUGUGGUGAAAUGGGUCUCUCUGCCCACCUGCAGGCCUCGAAAACGGGCAACACGCGCUUUUUCACUAGUAACACGCACAGCUCUGUUGUUCUACAGGGUUUUGACCAAUUAAGGAUAGAAGGCCUGCUGUGUGAUGUCACGUUGGUUGCCGGUGAUGGGGAUGAGGCGUUUCCUGUCCAUCGAGCCAUGAUGGCGUCUUCUAGCGACUACUUUAAAGCCAUGUUCACAGGUGGGAUGAAAGAACAGGAUCUGAUGUGUAUAAAGCUGCAUGGGGUGAACAGGAUCGGCCUGAAGAAGAUUAUAGACUUUAUCUACACCGCCAAACUCUCGCUCAACAUGGAGAACCUGCAGGACACGCUGGAGGCAGCCAGCUUCCUGCAAAUCCUGCCCGUGCUCGACUUCUGCAAAGUGUUCCUCAUCUCCGGGGUGUCUCUGGAGAACUGCGUGGAAGUGGGCCGCAUCGCCAACGCCUACAACCUAACGGAGGUGGACAAAUAUGUCAACAACUUCAUCCUGAAGAACUUCCCCUCGCUUCUGGGCACGGGCGAGUUCGUCAAGCUGCCCUUUGAGCGCCUGGCGUUCGUCCUGUCCUCCAACAGCCUGAAGCACUGCAGCGAGCUGGACCUGUUCAAGGCCGCCUGCCGGUGGCUGCGCUACGAGGACGGCCGCAUGGACUACGCCGCCAAGCUAAUGCGCAACAUUCGCUUUCCGCUCAUGAGCCCGACGGACCUCAUCAACCACGUACAGACAGUAGACUUCAUGCGCACGGACAACACCUGCGUCAACCUGCUGCUGGAGGCCAGCAACUACCAGAUGAUGCCCUACAUGCAGCCGGUCAUGCAGUCGGAACGGACCGCCAUCCGCUCGGACAGCUCCCACCUGGUGACUUUAGGGGGCGUCCUGAGACAGCAGCUGGUCGUCAGCAAGGAAUUACGGCUUUUCGACGAGAAGGCGCACGAAUGGAAGGCGCUGGCGCCCAUGGACGCUCCCCGAUACCAGCACGGCAUCGCAGUCAUCGGCAACUUCUUGUACGUGGUGGGCGGUCAGAGCAACUACGACACUAAAGGCAAAACGGCGGUGGACACGGUGUUUCGCUACGACCCGCGCUACAACAAGUGGAUGCAGGUGGCAUGCUUGAAUGAGAAGAGGACAUUCUUUCACCUGAGCGCGCUCAAAGGCUACCUGUACGCUGUAGGAGGAAGGAACGCGGCUGGAGAACUGGCGACGGUGGAGUGUUAUAACCCCAGGACGAAUGAGUGGUCGUACGUAGCGAAGAUGAAUGAACCACACUACGGUCAUGCUGGAACAGUGUAUGGAGGCUACAUGUACAUCUCUGGUGGCAUCACCCACGACACCUUUCAGAAGGAGCUGAUGUGCUUCGACCCGGACGCGGACAAGUGGACGCAGAAGGCAGCGAUGACGACGGUGCGCGGGCUGCACUGCAUGUGCACGGUGGGCGACCGGCUUUACGUGAUCGGUGGGAACCACUUCCGGGGUACGAGCGACUACGAUGACGUGCUGAGCUGCGAGUAUUACAGCCCAGCACUGGACAUGUGGACACCCAUCGCGGCCAUGCUGCGCGGCCAGAGCGACGUGGGCGUGGCCGUGUUUGAGAACAAGAUCUACGUGGUGGGCGGAUACUCGUGGAACAACCGCUGCAUGGUGGAAAUAGUGCAGAAGUACGAUCCGGACAAGGACGAGUGGCACAAAGUGUUUGACCUGCCGGAGUCGCUGGGCGGGAUCAGAGCGUGCACGCUAACAGUCUUCCCUCCGGACGACCUGACGCUCACCGGCUCACCCAGCCGAGAGAGCCCGCUGUCUGCCCCCUGAGGUGCGGACGAGAGAGAGGGAGAGAGACGGGCUGAAUCUGAAAUGGCCGUGUCAUACAUGGUGCACUCCUGGGUGUAGAAAUCUUUAUUUCCUGACCUACGUAGUGCAAUAUGUAUGGCCACCAUAGUGCACAAUUGGCUCCCUAUGCCUUUACAUAGGGUGUAAAGGCGAUUUGAGAUACAGCCAAAAAGAGAGAGAGAGAGAAAGAAAGAAGCUAAAAUGCAGACACUGAAUGAGCAUGAAGGAUGGAAUGACUCGAAUGUCUAUUCCUCCUCUUCUGGGAGUGCUCUAUCUUUUUUUUUUUCUUUCUCUCUCUCUCUGUCUCUCUCUCCCACUCUCACGGUUUCUCUCGCUGGAUGAAUCUCAAAUGGCUCCACACUCCCUGAACAAUGCAGCACACUGGUGAAACGGUUUACUAUACAUCCACAACAUCUCCCCUGAGUGAGCCCACUGCCCCUAUUGAGCAUACAGUGCACUAUUAGACUGUGAGAAGGCAUAAUAUCUGUAUUCUGUAAUCUGUGUAGCGCAUUCUAUUCACCAUAGUUUACAGAUGGAGGCCUAAGCCAGUAUAUAGGACACAAAGAGCAGUUUGAGAUGCAGAAAGAGAGGAAGAGAGACAUAAAUAGACACUUAAUGAGGAUGAUGGAUGAAUAAUUGCUGUAUAUACAGUUGACUUAUUUCUCACCUCUAAAAGGUUGUGUUAAAUUUCUUUAUCUGGCUUCAGUAGCACACUAUGCCCUAUAUAGUGUGCUAAGUUUUUCAGAUACUUCACAAUAUCUCAAUACUCUCUUCUGCUGACUCUUUACUCAAACAGCCAAAAGAACACCGCCUAAUGAGUGGACAGGGGAGAAAGAUUAAGAAAAAGAGAUCUAGUGCACUACUAUAAUUUAUAUACAAAGAAAUAGGGAGCUUAAGGUGCAGCUACUGAAUUCCCCCUCUUUUUUUUUUUUUUUAGGUGUUUGACAAUUCUUCCUACUCAUAGGCAGUCAUUAAAUUGACUCUUAGGCUACAGUGGAUUUCUCUCUCUCUCUCACUCUCUCUCUCUCUUUCUCUCUCUCUCUCUCUCUCUCUGUAUGUUCACACAGUGCACUAUUUAGGUGUACAUGCCAUUAUUUCGUCGCCUAUUUAGUGCACUACACAGGGCAUAGGGAGCCAUUUGAGAUAUAGCCACCGAGCAAAUAAAAUACUGACACUGAAUGAGGGAUGGAUGGACAGAUGGACGGAGUUCGAUUUGAUGGAUCGAUGACUUGUCGGACGUUCUUGUUGGAUGGAUGGAUGGUUGAGUUGAUCCAUCUCUCUCCUUCUGCGAUUUCUCUCUCUCUCUUUCUCUCUGUCUCUCUCUCGAUCUCUUUCUAUCUCUCUUUCUCCAGGAAAAAGACAAUGUUUGCACUCCCCCUCCCCCAGAUUUUGUCUGAGCGGCGUCUGUGGUGAAGCCCCGCCCUCUUCCCUCUUCUCCUCUUUGCAAUCUAUGCUGAAGACUUCUCAUCCCUCCAUCCGUCUCCUCCCUCUCUCCUAGAUUUUUUUGGGACAAGAAAGAAAAAUCGAAACACCAACCUAAUGACCUGUUGAUGUUACAUAUUUGUUUUUUAUUAUUAUUAUAUUAUUAUUUUAUUGAUUUAUUUUGUUUGUUUAGUUUUAUUUCUCACCAUCUUUGGCAGGAAUAACCUUGACUUGAAGAAGAAAAAAAAAACAAAAACAAACAAAAAAAUUGAGGGACUUUGCAAUUCAACUUUUCUACCUGACGCCUCUGGAGUUUCAAUAUGCUGAUUAAUGUUCUCCUCUCAACGGCCCCGGACAAUACACUACAGCAGACCUCUGCCGCUCUUACGCUUUCUCUCUUUUUCUCUCUCUCUCUCUCUCUCUUGUGCUGUCUCUCACUCUCUCUUUCUUCCUGCUUUUUCUUUAUUUUCUCUCUUUUUAGUUCUACAUGUGUAUAUAUAUAUAUUAUUUUCGUCUUUCUUUCUCCUUUUUCUCUUUUUUAUUCUCUACCUACCUGUCAGUCUCUCUUUUUAUUUAAAGACUUUACUCUUUUUUUUUCUUUUUUUUUUCCCUCUGGCGGCUGAAUCUCAAAUGGCUUCCUUCUACCCUACUCCCUACAUAGUGCACUACAAUGGUCACAGAUUAAUGGGCUUCUUGACCCCAACUGUUCACUACAUAUUACUUUGGAAGCCAUUUAGAAUUCAGUCCUACUUUCUUUCUUUCUCUCUCUCUCUCUCUCUCUCUCUUUUUUCUCUAUCUCUCUCUCUCUCUCUCUCUCUCUCUCUGCAUCAUUUCCUGUGUGUAAGCAGGUGGGGGCUAGUUGACUUCAGGAAGAGGAAACAGAUUUAAACUUUUUAAACUCAGGGGCCAACCUGCCCCCCUUCCCCAGCCCACCUACCCUUCUCCCCAGAAAUGACAUUUCAUUACUUUGUUCCUGCUAUUGUUAUGAACCGUUAAGAAAAUGGUGUUUUCUAAAUUUAAUAAACCAGGUUUUGAAAAAAGA